AUGCACAUAAGCAACACGGGAUCAUCUUCCGAUAGAGCCUUGAUCGACAUAGUUCGAAAACUUGUAUGCAACACCAAGAGUUGCAGAUCUCCAGAAACUUACUCUGAGAAGCUGCGGCUACAAUUGGCAAGCCUGGCGCAACGGUUUGCGGGGUUCAAGUCAUCGAUAGCCGAGGACACAAGAAGGAGGCGUCUGCUUGAAGAGGAAAGAUAUAAGCAACUACAUCAUGCCCUGCAAGCGAUUGAGGACGGAAUAGCAGUAGAAAUGAGGAAAAGAGGAGAAGCCAGGAAGGGCGCUCUUGAUCAUCUUAUAACGCGCUGCGAGGAACUGGAACAGGGGGUCAAUUGCCUCAAAGGAGAGCACGCAUCAAAACUUUUAAGGCAAUCUGCUGAGCUAAUGGCGCGCUGUAGAGCAACUCGGGCAGCGUUUGAGGCAGAGGUACUCUCCAGGAAUGAAAGGGAAGACGCAGCAGGAAAUAAGCUGGAGGAGCUUUUAAAGAGCUUAGACUCGAAAGUUGAGAGUGAAAUAGCAGCACGCCACCAGCAAGUUGCAGCUGUCAGAAGGGACGUCGGCUUGUUACUCAGAGGAGACCAGCCUAGAGAACAAUUCCACACAUUCGUGAAAGAAGAGUUAGGGGAAUUGCGUGAGGGCCUGACAGCUGCAAUGCGUGCCAGGGAGGAAGCGGAUGACGAAAUACUACAAGCAAUAAACGAGUAUACAACCGCUCUACAACGGGGGCUCCAAAACGUUAGUGGCUUACAUACCAUCAGUUCUGUUUUGUAG